AUGCUUCUUUCCCAGCCAUUGCGCCUCACGUGCAAGGUUGCUGCAGACCAGCCUGCGUUCAAGCCGCCGGCUUCUGCUGAAUUUGGAGAUGGAAGGCCCGUUGUCAGGAUUCGAAUUGCGGAACCUCAGCAACAUGCUGGUUGGUGCCUCGAUGCGCAGCGAAGUGUCAAAGCAGACCAAAGAGACUGCACUUCGACUUGUGUGAGCGCGCACAGACCUGGACCUGGCCUUGCCGGCGAGUGGCAGCUGGAACGGGGCUCCGCCGACUUUCAGUUUUUGAUUCGUUGCGUGUCCAAUCACUUCAGUCAGACAAGUGGCUGGCUUCUCGAUGUAGCAGAAGAUGCGCAGCGGUGUCACAACGUCAUCGUCAGGAAAGGUGAUGACAACAUCCCUGCUGCCGAGUGGAUGAUCGAGCCGCAAGGUGGCUUUGAUGUUUCAUCAGGAGUAUCCCCUACCUACAGGCUUCGCUUGGCAGUUGGGCCGAGCGAGGCAGUUGGUUGGUUUCUGAAUGUCGACAGCAAGCCUGGGAAUCGCCGAACGGCGGAUUCGAUGUACUUGCAUGUAUCGCCAAGUGGUUUUGCAACGUUCAUCCUGGAAGUCCAAAAGGCCAGUGGUCCACGGAGCUUAAUUCUACGUCAGGAGCGCUUUUACGAGGUCGUUGUUUGCAACUUGUCGGGGAGGCCAUUGAUACUCCAAGGGUGCAAAGAUGUGGCCACGCGAACGCGAAAGGCCAUAGCAGGAAGCUUCCUGCAGCUCGUCCCAAUGGUCGCUGUGAUGGAAGGUGCAGAAGAUCAUGGUGCUGAACUCGUGGAGCCGACAGCCCAACGUGAUUCCAUCGUGUCCCCAACUUCAGUGCGAAUCGGCGCACAUCGUGUGAAGUCGAGCAUGCUCGAGAUCACGCAGGCAAAGUUUCAGCACAGCGGCAGCUGCGGAGAUCUCCUCGAGUUCUCUGUGACAUACUUGACCGUGGAAGGGAGAGACACUAGAUGGUAUCAUGAGAUGGGUGGACGCCGCAAGCUCAUCCCAUCUCUGUCCUUGCUUCUUGGACUUGGCGCCACUCUGGUGAAGUGGCAAACGCCAGGACAAGAGCCGCUUUUGAUUCGGAGGCCACCUCCAAGGCCAUGCAUCUUGGUUAUCGCCACUGGUGGAACGAUCGACAAGGCCUCAACUUCCCUGCUUCUGCUUCUUUGA